CAGCAAAGCACUUUCACUUUGAGCAGAGUGAGGAUACACAGAGUGGUCAGAGGGAGAGACAGAGACAGAGAAGAGGAGGCCAGUGUCUCUCUCGCUUUAUCCAUUAGCCAGCUUCAAGGGAAAGACGACUGAUUCAAAUUAGGUUGCUCAGGAAGAUUCUAGGUCAGUAGUGAGGGGGGGAAAGGGAAAGAGAUAUAGUUAAAAAAAAAAGCUUUCAUAGGAAAGGGUUAGGGUGGCUGCAGCCGCUCGGGCUUAAGUGGGAAAAUCCAAAGUGAGAGAGCAGUAUAGUUUGAGAGGAUAAAUGAGGCGUUUUUUGGAAAGUACCAAAGGAACUCAACUGAAAGGAAUGCAUAAAGGAUGUCCACGGGAAGACUAAACAUCAGGCCGUGAAGAAGAGGAUACAGCAGUGCACUCUGUGUCAAAGACCUCAAGAAACCACAGAGGAGGAAACUUUGCCUUUCACAGACUGACACAAAGACCCGUCUGCAGAGUGAUUGCUGUCAACAAGAGAAAUGGAGAAGUGUCCAUUCUUCAAAAGAUAAGAAGGAUGUCACUGCCAGUUUUGCUGUUGUUAUCACUCUGGACUGUCCAAUGUGGUGGAUGUGAAUUUGACCAGGAAGGUGUGAAAAACAUUAAAACGACCAUUGACUCCAAUCCAACUGGAUUUCGGACAGCAUUUCCUAAAGAUUACUAUGUAGUGCACCACUACACAAAGAGCAUGCUGUGUAACACUGACCCGUGUUGUGUGUUCCCUGCUGCAGUAGUCCUCCUCGACUCCUGGCAUGUGCUUCUCAGAAACCUCUGGGACGAGCACAUAAAUCACUCCUUAAUCCUCGAUGUGAAGCAGACACUGGAUAAAAUUAUAAGAAAGAACAAAAAUACAGAGAGGCUCCAGGAAGAGAUGGAUCUGGCCCAGUUCUCAAGAUUAUCUUCCUCCCCUGAGGAACUCCUCAACGUAACGUCAGAACUUUUCACUCGAUGGCUCAACGUCGGGUGCUCACCUUACAUCAAAACUUGCCUCCCGCCCACUUUGCCCCCUUCUGUCGAGAGGAAGGACUACGGUCCAUCGAGAGCCAGACUGUUGACCACCCGUGCCAUCAAUGGCGAGGAAGAAGGACAGCCUGACAAGAGGAUAGACAUUACGAAGCCUGUGCUCAGCUGUGCUCCUCCAUCCCUGUUGCAUUACGCUUCUGUCUGGAGCCCCUUGCUAUUGAGACUGUACUGGUGGUUGUUGCCAUAGUUAGUUAAAAGGGUCUUUUUGAUCAUGCACACAAAAUGCAAGACAUUGGCACUGAAUGUUUGUUCUGUUAUAUUUGUGUCUUUGUGUUUUAAUGCAGUAAGCUUUGUUAACAUGAAGUGACAUGCACAGGUUGCAGUUAAUGUCCAAAGGUAGUUCACAUAGCUAAGCACACGGUCCCACAGUGAAACUGUAACAACUCAUAUCACACAUAUAAAUGUAUAGCCGUCCUCUCUAGAGCAAGCCACGAGCUCCAGCUAGCUAUGCUCUUUAUGCUAACAAGAGAUAAAUGCUGAGCAAGCCAGUGCACAUAAGCCAUUGUCAUCACUGUUUACUGUUUACAAUGAAUGUUAUGUAAAUGUAAGAUAUUACAGUCUAUGGGUGUUUACUUUUGUACAUAAGUGUAAAUUAAAGACAUUUAGUUAUAUGUA